GGGCCCCAGGCGGGCGGAACAACGGCGCGCCGGGGCCACGUCAGCGUCUGAUCUGCAGGCCACGCGUGUGGCGGGAUGGGGACGGCGGCCCUGGGAGCCGAGCUGGGCGUGCGGGUCCUGCUCUUUGUGGCCUUCCUGGUGACCGAGCUGCUCCCUCCCUUCCAGCGGAGGAUCCAGCCCGAGGAGCUGUGGCUCUACCGGAACCCGUACGUGGAGGCGGAAUACUUUCCCACCGGCCGCAUGUUUGUCAUUGCCUUCCUCACGCCACUGUCCCUCAUCUUCCUCGUCAAGUUUCUGAGGAAAGCUGACGCCACCGAUAGCAAGCAAGCCUGCCUCGCUGCCAGCCUUGCCCUAGCUCUGAAUGGUGUCUUUACCAACGUAAUAAAACUGAUAGUGGGCAGGCCACGCCCAGAUUUCUUCUACCGAUGCUUCCCCGAUGGGCUGGCCCAUUCUGAUUUGACUUGCACAGGGGACAAAGAUGUGGUGAAUGAGGGCAGAAAGAGCUUUCCCAGCGGACAUUCUUCCUUUGCGUUUGCUGGUCUGGCCUUUGCUUCCUUCUACCUGGCAGGGAAGUUGCACUGUUUCACACCACAAGGCCGAGGGAAGUCCUGGAGGCUUUGUGCCUUUCUGUCACCUUUACUCUUUGCAGCUGUGAUUGCACUGUCCCGCACGUGUGACUACAAGCACCACUGGCAAGAUGUGCUAGUUGGAUCCAUGAUUGGAAUGACAUUUGCCUACGUCUGCUACAGGCAGUACUACCCCCCUCUGACUGAUGUAGAGUGCCAUAAACCAUUUCAGGACAAGCACAAACUUCCAUCUUCACAGAAGCCUAGUGAGUUCCACCAUUUGGAUGUUUAACUGAAUCUACCUCAGUGGAGAACAAGCAAAUCAAGCCUCAAAGCUGGACACCAUGCACAAGCCAAGGACUUGUAGCUUUGAUCUCUUCAAGGUCAAAGUGAGGACACGGCCACACUGUAUUUGCCUCCACAGGACUGUGUACCUUUGCCCCACUUCCAAGGCUAGACCCUGAGGUCUCACUGCCUGGCCUGGCACAGGGCUUUUUCAGUACCUCUCUCACUAGGUUAAUGAAUCUGGUCCAUAGGGUUAGUAUUCCAGGAUCUAGUGUCUUUAUAUUGAUGUGUCAUUCCAGAAGAAACCUUUUCACAAAGGAAGCUUUUCAUGACCCCAUUUUAUCCUAGAAGGCUUAAUUCCCAAACAUAAUCUCCAUCCUUUAUAAAUAAGCGCACUGCUAGCUAAACUUUGAUUCUGUUUACUUUUAAUGGUAAUAUUCCAUUAAGCCUUAAGUAAUAAAACAUCCAAUUUUGGCCAAUUCUUUACUUUUUACUACAUUAGGAAAGAAAAAUUAUAGAUAUUAUCUAGAAAAUAAAUGUAUCUUUUUCUGCCUUUUUUCACAAAGAAAUAUAUGGAGCAACUAGAGGCUAUCACCAGAACUUGAUACCGAGGACCACCUGAUAGCCACCUUUUCUUUGUUAUUAUACUUUAAAUAAAAUUCUGUCUUAUGUAUCUCUUCCUA